AUGCCUAGUUAUGCUAAGUUUCUGAAGGAUAUUUUAAGCAAGAAAAAGAAGUUGACUGAGUAUGAGACAGUAGCCCUAACUGAAGGAUGUAGUGCGCUUUUGACCAAUAGCAUACCCCCUAAGCUAAAAGAUCCAGGGAGUUUUACCAUUCCUUGUUCAAUAGGAGGGAAGGAGAUAGGGAAAGCCCUAUGUGACUUAGAAUCUAGUAUUAACCUCAUGCCUUUGUAUGUCUUUAACACCUUAGGCAUAGGAGAGGCUAGACCCACCACCGUCACACUCCAAUUGGCCAACAAGUCCAUAGCAUAUCCUAAGGGGAAAAUUGAAGAUGUUUUGGUACAGGUUGACAAGUUCAUAUUUCUGGCAGACUUUAUCAUACUAGAUUUUGAGGCCGAUAAGGACAUUCUGAUUAUUUUAGGAAGACCUUUCUUAGCCACCGAAAGAACCCUGAUUGAUGUCCAGAAAGGAGAGUUAACCAUGAGACUCCAGGACCAAAAAGUCACCUUUAAUGUCUUCAACUGUAUAAAGUACCCUGAUUACUUAGAAGAGUGUUCAAGAAUAGAUGAGAUAGAGGAGAUGUGUUUGGAAGAAGGAAUUCAGAGAAACCUUAAGUUGGAAGGAGAGUAUGAUGAGGAAAUAGAAGAAGAAAGUAUUGAGGAGAUAGAAGAGAUAGGAACUGAUGUUGUCCCAGAAAAGAAACUUGUGGAUAUGCUGAAAUUACGCAAGAAGGCCUUAGGAUGGACCAUUGCUGACCUAAAAGGGAUUAGUCCCUUUAUUUGUCAACACAAGAUCAUCUUAGAGGAUAAAAACUUCAUGUCCAUAGAACCUCAGAGAAGGCUGAACCCUGUCAUGAAAGAGAGUUUAGAAAGGUGUGAGGAAACAGACUUGGUUAUUAAUUGGGAAAAAUGUCACUUCAUGGUCAAAGAAGGCAUUGUUCUUGGGCACUUGAUUUCAAAAAGAGGGGUUGAGGUAGAUAAGGCAAAGCUUGAGCAUGACCAAAAAUUCAACUUUAAUGAUGAAUGCAUAAAUGCAUUCAAAACUUUGAAAAAAGCUUUGGUUACCGCACCAGUGGUAGUUGCCCCUGACUGGAACAAACCUUUUGAGAUCAUGUGUGACGCUAGUGAUUGGGCGGUAGGUGCUGUGUUAGGGCAAAGGAAGGAGAAAGUGUUUCAUUCAAUCUACUACGCAACCAUCAAGUACCUGAUCUCAAAGAAAGAUGCAAAACCAAGGUUGAUAAGAUGGGUGCUUUUGUUGCAAGAAUUUAACUUAGAGAUACUUGAUCGGAAGGGAAUAGAGAAUCAAGURGCAGACCAUUUGUCUAGGUUGGAAGAACCUGAGAAAGAGGGAUUGGACAUUAAUGAUACUUUUCCAGAUGAGAGAAUCCUCAUGAUAAACCAACCUAAGACACCAUGGUUUGCUGAUUUAGCUAACUUUUUGGCCUGUGGAAUAAAACCCUCUGAUUACACAGGUCACAUGUUAAAGAAAUUUUUUCAUGAUGCUAAAUCUUAUUUAUGGGAUGACCCGUUUCUGUUUAGACUUGGUGCAGAUCAGAUUUUGAGAAGAUGUGUACCAGAAUCUGAGGUGGCAGCAAUCUUACAUCAUUGCCAUCAUGCACCAUACAGAGGCCAUUUUGGAGGUCAGAGGACUGCAACCAAGGUUCUACAGUCAGGAGCAGUGGAUUUGGUAAACCCGGAAGAUAAUUCUAUUUUCAAGGUUAAUGGCCAAAGGGUAAAAGUGUACCAUGAUCCGGCAACGGUCUCAAAACAUCACUCUGAGAGCUGUGUUGCUCCCUGCUAA